AUGUCCUGCCAGCAGAACCAGCAGCAGUGCCAGCCCCCUCCCAAGUGUACCCCCAAGUGUCCCGCCCCCAAAUGCCCCCCAAAAUGUCCUCCAAAGUGCCCCCCAGUCUCUUCCUGCUGUGGCUCCAGCUCUGGGGUUGGGGGCUGCUGUAGCUCAGGGGGCAGCGGAGGCUGCUGCAGCUCCGGGGGUGGGGGCUGCUGUCUGAGCCACCACAGGCGACGCAGGUCCCACCGCCACAGACACCAGAGCUCUGACUGCUGCAGCCAGCCCUCGGGGGGCUCCGGGUGCUGCAGCGGGAGCGGCGGGCAGUCAUCUGGAGGCUGCUGCUAA